AAGAGAAAGAUAGUGAAAGGAGGGGAACGGGGCAAGUAGGGUUGCCAAUGCCGAGGCUAUUGUGCAGGAAGUGCGCUAACUGUCCCCGCCAUUGUUCUAACCAUUUACAUUUUAUUUACACCGUUAAGCAGCAUAAUUGUUGCUAUUUUCGUCAAUUGACACAACUCUCGAUGCAUUGUCAAUGCCAGUGACACCGUUCGAGAGUUUUGCUGUGAUCCAGCAGCAAGGCUGUGUCACGGUCGCAUAUCAAUCAAGACAUCGGUUUAAAUUCUCAACGUGUAUCCUUUUGCAUCACCUUUGCAGAGUGAGUCCUUCUGCUAACAGUCAUGGUCGCGCAAAUAAUACUGCUCGUCAUUUGCUGCAUUUGCCUCAAGCACUAUGCAAAGGGAGAAUUUCAACAAAGUCUGGCCAUAACCGAUAUCUUGCCCGAGGAUAUCAAGCGCUAUGAUAAAAUGCGUCCACCCAAGAAGGAGGGGCAACCAACAAUUGUGUAUUUUCAUGUUACCGUCAUGGGUCUGGACUCCAUCGAUGAGAACUCAAUGACGUAUGUUGCCGAUGUGUUCUUUGCCCAGACCUGGAAGGAUCAUCGUUUGCGUCUGCCCGAGAACAUGACGCAAGAGUAUCGGCUGCUUGAAGUGGAUUGGCUUAAGAACAUGUGGCGACCCGACUCCUUCUUCAAGAAUGCCAAAUCGGUUACCUUCCAAACGAUGACCAUACCCAAUCACUACAUGUGGCUCUACAAGGAUAAGACCAUACUCUAUAUGGUCAAGUUAACGCUGAAGCUAUCCUGCAUUAUGAACUUUGCCAUCUAUCCACACGACACACAGGAGUGCAAGCUACAAAUGGAGAGCUUAUCGCACACCACUGAUGAUCUGAUCUUCCAAUGGGACCCAACCACACCGCUGGUGGUGGAUGAGAACAUUGAGUUGCCACAAGUGGCGCUCAUACGCAACGAAACCGCUGACUGCACCCAAGUCUACUCGACGGGGAAUUUCACCUGCCUGGAGGUAGUUUUCACGUUGAAGCGUCGCUUGGUCUACUAUGUAUUCAAUACAUAUAUACCCACCUGCAUGAUUGUGAUCAUGUCGUGGGUUUCGUUCUGGAUUAAACCGGAGGCGGCACCAGCGCGUGUUACUCUGGGCGUGACGUCACUGCUAACGCUAUCCACACAGCACGCGAAGUCGCAGUCAUCCUUGCCGCCCGUUUCCUAUCUGAAGGCAGUGGACGCAUUCAUGUCCGUCUGCACGGUGUUUGUGUUCAUGGCUCUGAUGGAGUACUGCCUGAUAAACAUUGUGCUCAGCGAUACGCCCAUACCUAAGCCCAUGGCUUAUCCACCCAAGCCAGUGGCUGGCGAUGGCGCCAAGAAAGAGGCGGAGGCAGCACCACCUGGUGGCAGCAAUGCAGCGGCUAAUAAACAGCCCACAAUGUUGCCCCUGGCCGAUGAGAAAAUUGAAAAAAUUGAGAAGAUAUUCGACGAGAUGACCAAAAAUAAGCGAAUUGUGACUACUACUCGUCGCGUGGUGCGUCCGCCGCUGGACGCCGAUGGGCCUUGGAUUCCGCGUCAGGAAUCGCACAUUAUACUGACACCAACCAUACGGCCACCACCACCGCCACCGCCAGCACCGGAGCCGGAGAUGCCCAAGCCGAAGUUAACGCCCGCCCAGGAGAGACUUAAGCGCGCCAUCUACAUUGAUCGAGCAUCUCGGGUGCUUUUUCCCGCACUCUUUGCCAGCCUCAAUGGCAUCUAUUGGAUUGUGUUCUACGAGUAUCUGUAAGAUAUGCGAGUCUGGCGCCGGCUCGGUUGUAAAUAUGGCUAUCCAGCUCGCCCUCACUGAACCUAAAUUUCUCUGCAAGUCGUACAACUUUAUUAAAUGUUAAUUGUUCACAAACAAGUAUUUAAUCUUAAGCUUUCGCGCACAAGCUUUAAGUCAACCAAUUUUAAACUGAAUGAGCUAAAUAGCAUAUA